GCACCGUCUCGACCAGGUUCAUCAGGCUCUGGGCGGCAGCAAACGGGUUGCGCAGAUGCCACUGCUUGAAGCCGUACAUGUGGUCGACCUCGCCGUAAAGCGCGUACGGCACCCACAGUGGCCAGUGCAGCGACCCGCCGGGCAUGGUGUGUGGCCGCAGCAGCAUGUAGGCCGUGUCCCAGGCGACGAGGGGCAACGAGACGGCCAUCCAGAGGAGAAUGGGGGUGGACGGUGUGUGCGACCAGCCCGAGACGGCGGCGGAGUAGCUUUUUGAUGGUGCCAUACCGCUGGAUAAUAGGGCUGUAAGGGAGGUGAUGGGUCAACGAGCAAAACAGCGUCGAUGUGAAACAGAGCUGGGAGAGCACCGGUUUUGUAGCACAGCUCUCGGGUGCUCACGCCGGCUGGUGUGUUACCGGUACAUGCGGCCCCGAUUCCCGAAGCCAGGCCAUUGGCUGACCCAGGUCGAUUGGCCUUGGCAGCUGCGACGAAUCACGCCAAAAGGUCCUUACUUCGACCUCACGUGUCAGAAGCGCAGAUCUGGAUGCUCCGCUCCAAUGUCAGGAGAGAGGAACAAACGUGCCCGCCGGCCCGCCACCGCGUGGAGUGAAGGCGGGGUGGAGGCGGGGUCUACAGAUUCAGAGAGGUUAAGGCAGCGGGAGAUGUGUGAAAAUGUCGCGCUGAAGUCAGAACGGGCUGUUGCAGGUACGAAUUGGCCAACGGGAACUGAGCUGGGUUGGGUGUCCGGCCCCUUGAGUGUAAGACACGUUGCACCGGGCGACAAACAUGGCGGCCGGUUUCCAUAGAGCGCUCAACGGUUCCUGUCGCAAAGUAGGGUACGGUGUAGUUGAGGCUGACGCACGACAGGUUGCCGAGGAGUAUGUCCUUCGCCUUGCAAGACGUUGCCCAUAUGAGCAACAACA